GUUAUGAAUGACGUCUUUUCACGUCCUCUGUCAGCAUUUUUCAGGAGAAUAAAAAACGCUUCAACUUUCUCUCUCUUCACACACACUUUCUUUCUCUUUCUCUAUUUCAGCUUCUUCUUCCUCUUACCCCACAUAGUUAUGAUUUCUGGGUUUUUUUGAUUGAAUUUCUAUUUUUCGUGAAGAACCCGAUUCUCCUUAACACGAGAAACGAUUUCCACUUUUUAAUAGAGAGAAAAUAAAAAUUACGAAAUAUGGAGAGAAAUCUAGUAUUCAUUCAUUGAUUGAUACAUUUCACCAGCUAGCUAAAACAUUUUGGAAAUUUCAUUUUUUUUUGGAAUAAUUGAUUGGAUUUGUUAUUACUGGAAAAAAAACCAGUAAAAAAAAAAAAUAAAAUUAAAUCCCACCAUUUUCGCCUUUUCUUCAGUACCCAUUUUCAGUUUAUUUUAAGAGAGAGAAAGAAGAGGAGAGAGAAAGAAGAAAUGGAGAAAAAUGGAGAAGAAGACGAGAGGCGUGUAAUUAGUCGGCAAUCUGGCCCCAACAAGAAGAAGCCUCAUCAUCAUCAUCUGCCUGUUGUAUCUGGUAACGUGGAGAAGGAGAAAUUGAGGAGAGAGAAAGUGAACCGAUUGAGUGUUGUUGAGAGAGAAAUGGGUUUUGAUGGUGGAGACGAACAGCUUCUUCACUCCACUACUGUCAGUUCUAUCAAAUUCAAGCUUCCCAGAAAGAUUUUCAGUGAUUCCAAUACCUCUGUUCCAAGGAAGCUUCGUUCAGCAAUUCGAAAACGUAGCUGUGAAUCAGCUUCAGUGGCCAUGCCAAAUGCGAAUAGACCAAACAAUAGUCUGAAGAAACCUAAGCUAUGCAUGCAGAAUGGUUGGUCAGAUCAUUCUUCUGGAGGGACUGUUUCGGUGGAAAUCUCCAAAGAUGAGGCAGAGGUGGCGGAGACAUUGUUCGCUUUGGCCGGGUUGGUUCCUCAUGACGGCGUGCAUGCCAAUGAUAAAGACGAGGAGUGUCUUGAUGGAAAAAUGUCAGGCUUGUCGAAGAGACAAAACAAUGAUGCUAUGCCUUCAUCAGAAGAUCCAAUGGUCCUGACAGAGGAACCCAAAACAGCUAAUCCUGCACCUACCACAAAUGGCCCACCAAGGGACUCUUCGAAAAAGAGAACUGUGAAUGAAUCUACUCUUUCUUGGUCUAAGCAGCUAUCUGAAGGAAGACAGAUGAAUCCGAAUUCGAAGGUUUCUGUCCCACCAGCACAUUUUCAGAUCCCUCCGCUGCUUAGGGCCUGUGAUGAAAGACAAAUAACACAUUCUACCCCCUUUUAUUGUUCAACUGAACAAAACCUAGAGAGCAGACCUUUUUAUUCUAUAUACAGGUUAAAUGAGACCAAUGGAGAGAAAUUUCAAUUUCCUAAGAGAGAAUCCCACAUUAACAUAGGAGCAGUAGACUUCGCUGCUAGUAAAGAUAGAGAGAAUGCUACCUCAUCAAAUUGUGGAGCUAAUGCCUUGACUUUAAGACCUUCACUUGGACUUGGAGUUGAUGGACUUCAUUCACAGUCAGCUACGACAAUAUUUCCAUCUUCGCCUGGUAAAGCCUCCUCAUCCAAAAUUGUUUCCUGCAAAGAUACUCCAUCAGCUGGAAAGGUACCCUACUCGAUAAAUGGUGGAAGAAAGACGUGGAGAAGAUCUGUUGCACAUGUAUACAUUAGCCACCUGAUCCAGGUACUGCAAUCCUCAGAAAGAAGAGAUACUCAUCCUUUAGAUACCAGCCAGCUGAGACCGUCACAAUGUCUAUCUACUGGACAUGCUUCUGGCAACCGGGAUGAUCUAAGUACAGCUUUUACCGCUGGCCACAUGUUUGGCUCUGCUGCUGACAAGAUUUGUGAAACUGCAAAUGAUGUCUCUGUACUCCCCAAAAAGUGUCAGGUUGAAGAUCAGGGGCGUUCACUCUCUGGAAAGUGUAACUCAAAGGAGGAGAGCUAUAAUUUCCUGUCUCUGUCAACUGGAGCUGGCACAGAAGUAAACAAAGGUGGAAGUGUAAAUAGGCUGGGUAUUACUAUGGGUGCUAAGGAUCAUGUACUUCAACUACACUCAGUUGCAGAGCAUAAUACCUACGUUCCUUGCUCUAUGCCUCAAAAUAGUUUUCCCCCCAUUCGUUACGGGGAUCAUGCAGCAGCAGUAUCAGCUGCACCACCAUCUAUGCCACCUCAGGUUCACAUACAAGUACCUUCAUAUUACAGCAAUCAUUGUGGGCCUGUUCCUUUGGGCACAGCAAGAUCAACACAACUGUCGCAUCCUAAACAGCAGCAGCAGAUUUGGACAGCCCAACUAUCGGCACAGUUCAGGCCUAGUCCUCUCCUCUCAUCCCAUAUUGCAAAUUGGCAAAAUAGUGCACGGGAUCCACACACUAUGAUUCCCAUGCAAGCGCACCUAUCAGCUUCUAGACCAUCUUUAGAAACUAUGGGUUCCAAGUAUCUUCACAUCUCUCAACAGCCACAGCAGCAAUACUUAGGGCUCAGUCCAUCCUUGCCAAUGUCCAAUGUAAAGAUUCAAAACAGUCAACUCCCUUCUAUACGUGAAGAUAAAGGAGGCCGAUUUCAUUCUGGUGGCGUACUGCCAUUGCAACUACUUUGCAAUGAGCGACUCUUGAGUUGAGAGAAUAGCUAACAUAAGAACAAUUGGAUGAUGUUGGGUGGCAUUAGAUAAAAGUACGUUAAGCCUUCAUAAGGGUUGUGAGCUGUUUAUGGGUGAUAACAUUUAGAAAGCUAGACAAGGCUAAGGAUAUAUAAACUAGUGGGUAGCUUGGUUUGUUAAAAAUGCACAAGAGCCGUCAUGAAAGCAGGAAGCCACGGUUUGGGAUUCUUUUUUUUUUUUUUUUUGCAAUUUUUCAGAUUGUAUAUGUGGGACCUAUACCACAAACACAGUAAAUAACAGGUAGCUUGAUUUUGAAUGUUAGUUGAUCAUGUGUAAGUCAUACUGGCUGCUGCAGGAUAGCAGAUUUCAAGGUGGUAAAAACUAGAAGGGCAGUUCGAAUGCUAGUUCUGCCGUGAUGCUUCUUCUCAGAUGGUGUAGGACCUCUUUGAGAAUGAGUACUACAUAUGCUUCAUUCUGUUACC